UUUUGAAUAUUUUUUAAGGAUUUGUCUGGCCUAUUUACCACCAACCAAAGUUUAUAGAUAAAAUAUAUGAUCUUGUAGGUCCAAAUCACUACCCAGAUUAUGCAUACUGUCGUAAUUAUUUUUUGUUUUAAAUCUUCCCAAAUUUCUCGGAAAGGCCAAAAGCUCAAGGUUGGUGUGCCUAUUUUUGCAUCGAAUUCAUUGUUUGUGGCUAAUUCAGUUGUCUUGCUAUCGCGGCUCAGACUAAAUUCUUUAAAAGCCUCCAGCAUUAAUUUUUCAGGGUUACUUAAUUUUGUAAGAAUAUGCCCUUUAAAUGUUUUUGCAUCCAGUUUUGGCGGCUUUUGGGACCAUUCCAACCCUUUUGGGGCGGUUAUUAUAUUUUCUUCAGGAAUUCUUUCCAGGGUUCCCGUUUUCUGGUCCACUAUGUAUAUUGCCUCUCUUAUUUUAAUUUUUUGCUUGCCAUAUUUUGAGCAGCUCCCAUAUUCAGUGUCUGCU